AUGAGUGUGAGUGCCGGGCCGCCGCCCGCACUGCAUGUGGUGGAUGUUCCAGUGGAUGUCCAUGUCCCGCCCCCGCCUGCAGAUGUGGUCCCGGCUUCCAGAGACGUGGGUUCUUCUGUUUUGGAGAGCCUGCCACCCCCGGGGCCGAGGCCUGACGACCCUGUGAGUUUGGACGAUUGUAGUUCUGAUGAUGUACUUCCUUUGCAGAAGCGGGCGCGCCGGUGUCCCGGGCCAGUUUCCCAGGAUGUGGUGGUCCAUGUGAGCGACGUGGCCUCUGUGGGUUCUCCUGCCGGUGUUGGUGUGGACCAUGAGGAUGUGGUGAUGUUGGCCGCGCCUGCGAAGGAGACGGGUGGGGAUGGUACGGUGCCUGUUCCUGCCUGCGUUUCGGGUGUUGCUCCACUGUGCCCCCCUGCGCCUCCGUGUGCCAGUUCUCCGAAAUGGGAGGUUGUUGCACCUGCUGUGGCCCCUGGUGUGGAUCGUGAUUUAGUUCUCGUGCUGAAAAAGGACACCGGCCGGGGAGUCUUGGCGCCAUAUGAACCUGUGCCGCGGGAUGUACCGCCGCUCGUGAUUGGAGGUGUCAUUGUCGAGAUUCCGGAGUAUAUGCGUCGUCCUCGUCGCUCGGAUGCAGGUGUGCCCCCAUCCCAGGAUGCCUGGGAUGUGUGGCAUGCGUAUUGUCAGAAAUAUCCUAAAGCGUCUGUUUCCUGA